AUGGCCGGAAGCAAUAACUACCCUUUCAACCUUGGGGACUAUACCCGAGAAAUUUCCACGGGAUCAGAGGAAGCACAACAGUGGUUCAAUCAUGGCCUCAACUGGUGCUUUGGCUUCAACCAUGAAGAGGGAAUGGUGUGUUUCCAAAAUGCACUCGAGGCUGACCCCAAAUGUGUCAUGGCGCACUGGGGCAUCGCUUAUGCGUCAGGACCAUUCUACAAUCUCCUUUGGUGUGAAAUGGGUGAGCUGGAAGCGGCAAUGGCGGUCGCCCUCGCCCACUCACACCUCGCGCAGGCAAACGCGCUUGCCGCUCGCGCGACACCAACUGAGAACCGCCUCAUCGCAGCACUAGCCAAGCGUUUCGAAUUACAGCCACCCGCCCUACCGGCUGACUACGAUCGCUGCGAGAUCAAUUAUAUGAAAGCGAUGCGAGAGGUGCACAAGGACUUCCCGGAAAACCUGGACGUGGCAGCUCUCUUUGUCGAAGCCCUGAUCACCCGCACACCACGUCGUCUCUGGGAUAUGAAGACCGGAGAGGUCGCGGCCGGCGCAGAUACGAUCGAAGCUUUGGAAAUUUGUGAGAAAUCAAUUGACGACGCAGAGAGGGCUGGCACUACUCCACAUCCGGCCAUUAUUCAUCUUCAUAUUCAUUUGCUCGAAAUGUCCCACAUGCCAGAACGCGCGAUGCAGUCCGCAGACAGGCUAAGAACACUAUGCCCAGAUGCUGGGCAUAUGAACCAUAUGCCCGGCCAUAUUUACCUUCUCUGCGGUGAGUACGAGAAGGCCAAGCUGGCUAGCGAGGCAGCCAUCAAGGCCGACGAUAUGUAUUCCCAGUGGGCCGGAUCCGUGAAUUUCUACGUCACCGCACGCUGUCACCAUAUCCAUCUGAUGAUGUAUACUUGUAUGUUUCUUGGGCAAUAUGAGCCUGCCAGGGCCGCGGCAGAAAAGAUGAAGAGAAUCGUCAGUCGCGAUAUUCUCACAGUCCCUGACCGUCCGGAAAUGGUUAUGCGGGCCGAGGGUUAUUACGCUAUGGCAAUACAUAUGCCAGUGCGGUUCGGGAAGUGGAAGGAUAUCAUCGACACGCCAGCUCCCGAUGACCCGCACCUCUUUCUAGUCAGCACAGUAAUGCAUCAUUACGCAAGAGGUGUAGCUUAUGCUGCCUUGAAGAAGACUUCAGAGGCGGAGCGAGAGCGUAUCCUGUUCCACGAAACACGUAGCCGGGUUCCGCCAGGACGCCGCCUGCUCAACAAUACCGCCAUGGACAUCCUUGCCAUUGCCGAACUAAUGCUUGACGGUGAAAUUGCAUACCGUAAAGGUGAUUAUGAUGAAGCAUUCGCGCAUUUGCGUAAAGCCGUCGAAAUUGAUGAAAACUUGAACUAUUGCGAACCUUGGGCUUGGAUGCACCCCCCACGCCAUGCGCUGGGUGCAUUGUUGCUCGAACAGGGCCAUACCACAGAAGCUGAGCAGGUCUAUCGCGAGGAUCUAGGAAUUUGCGGAAAGCUACAGCGUUGCUCGCAGCAUCGGGAUAAUAUAUGGGCAUUACACGGUUUGGUCGAGUGUUUGCAAGCUCGCGGAGAUACUGAGGAGUUGGCGAUCAUAUCGGAAAAACUGGAAAAGGCAAGAUUGUCAGCAGAUACUAUCAUUACUUCGUCUUGUAUGUGCCGCCUGUUACAUUUCCGUGAGCCAUUAAUGUACGCAUAUAUAACUACUACAAGUUUGCAAGACACGGUCUUACGGGCUGGAAUAACAACUCGUGCCUAA